AUGCCCAACACCCCUCCGGCUGCAAGUGCGUCGCUGGCAGCCGCGCAGAACCUAGCAAAUAACGCCUCCAACCUGACGACAACGAAAUCCCUCCUAUCCUCCUCACGCGACCUCCUCAGCGUCCCCCUUCGCGCCAUCUACCGAGCAGAUACAUACGCGUUCUCUACACUACCAAGACAAGUCGCGAAAUUUGUUGGACUGGGGAACGUGGCCGCACAGCUUAUGGAUGAUACUACUGCUUCCGGGGGAGCUGUUGGGGGUGAGACAGUGGCGCGGGUCGCGGCGGAAACGGUGGGUGAAGGCGCUGCCGGUGCUGCGACUGCGGCUACAACAGGGCAGGAGUCGGGAUUUCAUAUUGCGGAUUUUUUUCAUACGUUGAGGAGACUUAGUGGGUUCUUCUCGUAUCUGACGAGUCGGUGGUCGUUGGCUUGUUUUACGGUGGCUCUUGUUUUGAACAGGAUUACUAUUUAUGCUUCGACAAGGCGAAACCUACAUUUACAAUGGGAUCGACGGUUAGCGUUGCGGAUCAUCCCCAUCGUACUGUUUGUAUCCCAGAUCAUCUCCCUCCUUCGCGCGAUUCGUUGCCAGACAUCACCAGAUUAUUCGCUUAUACGUUACGGCUCACCUGGAAAGGGUAUGGCACUCGAUCAUGCCGGGGGUGGAGGCUUCUUGUAUUCUCUGAGUUCGACGCUUCUACCGUGGGAAUCAGAUCAAGGGUCAUGCAGUGCGGUUAAUAUGGGCGCUCCGACCAACGCUUCGGAAAUUCCGUACGGUUCCUUUUCUCUUUUAUGGCCGGUAUUUUUACGAUUAUGCCUCAGCCACUUUGUCGAGACACUUUCUUGCGCGUUGCAGGGAAGAACUGUGGUCACGGAAGCGGGAAUGUCCAUUUUCGAGCACUCGCUCGCCUUCGCGGAGGCUGAAUCUAUCAUCAGUCAAUCCAUCGGGCUGGGGAUAUUUGGUCUACAUAAGCACGGACGAGAUGAUACGUCACUUUCUGCCGCCGCCGUGGCUUCUGCUGCAACUGCAGCUGAGAGUGGCCGUGCUUCGCUCCAUGUACUUACCAGGUCACAGGUAUUGGAGAAGAUGAACGUGUCGCCUGAGUUGCUUCUGAUUGCUCUGAUCUCAUGCUGUAACAGCUUGACGUCCAAUCUUCUCGACGUCAUUGGAAAGCAGAGCAGGUACCGUCUUGUCCACACUGCUUUCUGGGGACUGUGCUUCAUGGCUGCGAUGGUGUUGGGGCUGCUUGGCAAUCCAUUGGGCCAUGAGGCUGGCUUUAUGAAGUUCCCUACGGUCUGCAUUGUUGGUUUCGUGCCACACCUGCUUAUUUUGUUCGGCAUUCUUUCGUGUGUUGUGAUCUACGGAUUAGCUCUUGUCAUUACUGCAUUUUCACUUCCUCUAGAGACUUCUCAGCCUGUCUCAAUACGAAUAAGAUUUCAACUCGCACACGAAAACAUGCAAGGCGCCAACCAGAUUCGCAGUAUUCGGUUCAAUCGACAUGAGGAUUUCUAUACUACGCUACUCAGAAUUGGCUACACGGCUUUGACUGCGGCUAGUGAAGCCGUUUUCCUCAAUGAAGGGGGAGGCGUCGUUGCCAGAAAGAUGACAUGGUUAGAAGAAGACCGACUAGCAGAGAUUGAGGCAUCCCGAGGACGAACUCCUGCCCAGAAGAAUUGGAGUUCCUACGACACAGCGUUCAAGGGAAUGGAGAACGUGAACUUCGACUUGCCAGAAAGACCUCUGGAAUGGGAAAGUGGGUAUGGUCGUGAGAAGAAGGUUGAACGGCCAAAGAACAGCUCUCGACCCGUUCGAUCACCAGCUGACCCAGGUGGCGUUGGCGCGUUCCGCGGAGCUACUAGGGCUUACCAUGUCUUUUCGUUCUUUCGUGCUAUCUUCUACAUCAUUGUUCAGUGGAUGGCCCACGGAAUUAACUCCCUAUUGGACAAAUUGGGAAUCCAUGCCCGACCACAGUGGUUGAAGGCUAAUUCACGAAAGAAGGGAUCUCGAACAAGGAGCGAUAACUCUACCGAACCUCUGGACUUCUGGAUUCUUACAGAUGGCGGAGAACUCGAGUUACCCGAGGACAACGAAUUUGACGUUGAGAAUGAAAUGCGAAAACGUGAACGCACCAAUGCAGCGGAUUGGGGACAGUCUGACGAACGUCGUCUAGAUGAGAGGCUCUAUGGUUGGUGGAAAGCCGGUGGCUCAUGGGGGAAUCAAGACCAAAGUCCUGACUACAAUCCGCCAGAGGUUGAUGACUUUGAUGAUACAACGAGUGUGGUGUCGAUGUCGACAAAUGCCAGCGAUUCAGAGUGGGAAGAUGAAUUUGACGGUCGUCGCACGCCGACUCAGGCUGAUCCAUUCCCUGAUAGCUUCUCCCGGGAAGGUACGCCACAACCAGAUGCGUUAAUGGACAUCCGUUCUCUCGCACGUCUUCUUGAUCCUCGCGAUCGAGCUAGUAGAGAAGAAGCGCGGAUCCUGGCCGCUCACCUUUCUGCUGAUCGGGGCGGACGAAUUCUCACUCGCCAUCAAUUCCGAAGAGAUUUAGAACGUGAGAAAGCACAGAUCUUAUUAUCUGCCCGUUUACCUCAGCUUGCCUCCGCACAAACAUCCAACGAUAAAAGAAAGCCAACACCAGACGAAGAGUCCGAAAUGCUAGAGAACCUGAUCCUCUCGCGACGAACAGAGUCAUCAACUCCUAGCACAGAGCCCAACGGACAGAGCUGGGAAACUGGCGCUUCAGGACUUGGACCCGAUGGCCCGCCGUGUGUUGUCUGCCAGACGAGUCCUCGCUCGAUUAUCGCUUGGCCAUGUCGGUGUCUGUGUGUCUGUGAAGAAUGCCGGGUGAGUCUUGCAAUGAACAACUUUGGCAGUUGCGUGACUUGUCGACAGGAGGUCGCUGGGUUUAUGCGGUUAUGGGUGCCGUAA